AUGCAUCUUCUCUACGUUAAAACUCAAGAGCUGAGGGAAUUCUUUGGAGAUAAAAUUCCACACUACGCCAUUCUUUCGCACACGUGGGAAGAGGAAGAAGUAACAUUAAAAGACCUUCAAACCCCAGAGCAUAAAAGCAAGCGGGGAUACGUCAAAAUUCAGCAGACAUGCCGCCUAGCAGCACGCCAGGCGAUCAACUCGAUGUUCGACUGGUACCGCAACGCCGAAGUAUGCUUUGUGUUUCUAGCUGACGUUCCACCUCCGCAGCCCGGUGAGGACAUCGAAGAAACAGUCCGCCGAGCCCGUUGGCUUACUAGGGGAUGGACUUUGCAGGAAUUCCUAGCUUCACGGCGCAUUAUAAUACUUGAUUCAGCAUGGCAAAAUAUCAAGCGAGGUAAUUUUCGAGCCAUAUCUUCCCUCAACAAUGGAUUGUUUGUUUUCACCUUUGAGUUUACACUACUGGGCUAUUUCACGGGCAUUGGCGUGGACACAUGGAGGGAUGCGGCCAUAUCCACGAAAUUAUCGUGGGCAGCCAGGCGGCAAACCUCAAGGACGGAAGAUAUGGCAUAUUGUCUUCUUGGUCUUCUAGAUAUUAAUAUGCCCCUUCUUUACGGAGAAGGCACUCGGGCUUUCACCCGCCUACUUGAAGAAGUCAUGAAAAAAUCCAAUUCGCACGAUCUACUCUGGUAA